GUGGGCAUAUCCGCCAUGCACAUGCAACUCCUCCGCAACAACAAAGUCGUCAUAUUUGAUAGGACUGAUUUCGGCCCUUCUAACCUCUCUCUCCCCGGUCGUCGCUGCCGAUAUGACCCGUUUGACACUGCAAUCCAAACAGACUGCACAGCUCACUCAAUACUAUAUGACAUUGCCACCAACACAUUCCACCCCUUAAUGCUACAAACCGAUACUUGGUGCUCAUCCGGCGCUGUCCUCCCCAAUGGAACCCUAGUUCAAACAGGUGGCUACAAUGAUGGUGACCGUGUUGUGCGCACCCUAGUCCCUUGCUUUAUCAUGAUCAACUGUGACUGGGUCGAAUUUCCCAAUUAUUUAUUAGAGCGUAGAUGGUAUGCAACAAAUCAAAUAUUACCGGAUGGUCGAAUUAUCAUCGUUGGUGGAAGAAGACAGUUCAAUUUUGAGUUCUAUCCUCGAAACCAAGAUUCGACAAUCUGGCUUAAUUUCCUUAGAGAGACUAGUGACGAUGAAGAGAAUAACUUGUAUCCAUUUGUACAUCUAUUGCCAGAUGGAAACUUAUUUAUUUUUGCAAACACACGAUCCAUAUCUUUUGACUACAAGCAAAACCGUGUGGUGAGAGAGUUUCCAUCAAUCCCUGGUGAUGAUCCUCGUAACUAUCCCUGCACUGGCUCAUCAGUCUUGCUACCUUUGAAUGAUGACAGUGAUGAAGAUGCAGUGGGAGUUGAAGUUGAGGUCAUGGUAUGCGGUGGCGCACCACGUGGUGCAUAUUUAAGUGCAGUGAGCGGGACCUUCGUGCGCGCCAUUUCUACAUGCGGACGUCUGAAGGUCAGUGAUGAAAACCCUAAUUGGGCCAUGGAGAAUAUGCCGAUGGCCCGAUUGAUGAGCGACAUGCUACUUCUUCCUACGGGCGAUGUCAUUAUAAUCAACGGUGCAGGAGCAGGUGCAGCAGGUUGGGAGAAUGGGCAAAACCCGGUCAUGAGACCGGUGAUUUAUCAUCCCAAGGGAGGAGCAGAUGACGGCAGGUUCUCAGUCAUGAGCUCGUCGACGAGGCCAAGGUUGUACCAUUCAACGGCAGUGUUGCUAACUGAUGGGCGGAUUUUAGUGGGUGGAAGCAACCCACAUGUUUACUACAACUUCACUGGCGUUGUGUACCCAACUGAUCUCAGCUUGGAAGCCUUUUCGCCACCCUACUUGGCGGCAGAGUACCUACCGAUGCGACCAAGGAUUAUGUAUGUGGAUGAGAUGUUGGGGUAUCAAGAAUCAUUUUCAGUUACUUUCACAGUGCUAGAAUUUUUGAAGCUGGGUGUUGUAUCUGUUAAUAUCAUUGCACCGUCAUUUACAACGCAUGCACUGGCGAUGAAUCAAAGAAUGGUGGUGCUGAAGGUGCUUGAGGUUUUGCAUGUUGCGUCGGAUGCAUAUAGGUUAACUGCUGUUGGGCCAUCAACACCUGAGAUUGCACCACCGGGUUACUAUCUCAUGUUUUUGGUCCAUGCAGGCGUACCAAGUUCUGGUAAGUGGGUGAAAAUUCAGUAAUAAUUGGGUUUU